GUUAUAUAUAUAUUGAGAGAGAGAAGUUUGGUGAGGAAUGUUGGUAAUGGAAGCCACAGUAAACUAAAAAUAGUAGUGAUGGAUAAUCAGAUAUGGUGUGCGAAAUAGGAGCCGUAAUCAUCAUAAAGGUUAACUUCACCACACACACUGGUUUAUCUUCAUUCUCUGCUUUCCAUAGUUGAAAAAGCAGCUCCUAUUCUUGCUUUUCUUUCUCCUUCACCCCCUCCUUCCUUUCCUCUCUCAAAAAUCAAGCCCAAAAAGAAUUCCAUAAGAAAUUGUGGCCAUGUCUUCACCAAGCAAGAGGCGAGAGAUGGACUUAAUGAAACUGAUGAUGAGUGAUUACAAGGUGGAGAUGAUGAAUGAUGGAAUGCAGGAGUUCUAUGUGCAUUUCCAUGGACCCACUGACAGUCCAUAUCACGGUGGGGUAUGGAAGAUAAGAGUCGAGCUUCCCGAUGCAUAUCCCUACAAGUCUCCUUCCAUAGGAUUUAUUAACAAGAUAUAUCACCCCAAUGUGGAUGAAAUGUCAGGUUCAGUUUGUCUAGAUGUUAUAAACCAGACGUGGAGCCCCAUGUUUGACCUUGUUAAUGUGUUUGAGGUAUUUUUACCUCAACUACUUUUAUAUCCAAAUCCAUCGGACCCCUUGAACGGGGAAGCUGCUGCGUUGAUGAUGCGCGACAGAACUGCAUACGAACAAAGAGUUAAAGAAUACUGUCUGAAAUACGCCAAGGCAGAAGAUGCAGGAGCCGUCCCGGAAGAGAAAUCGAGUGACGAGGAGCUGACUGAAGACGAAUACGAGUCGAGCGACGAGGCUGUUUUGGGGCCUGUGGAUCCCUAGUCUUUCCCUGUCUCCGUAAUUGUAACCAUCCAUCUAGUUUCUGUAUAUCAUGUUGCAUUUCUCUGUUAAAACUGUAAUUCAAUUACAUAUAGCAUAAACUAUUCAAUGGAAUGGAUACAAAAAGAACUGAAUUGUGUCCUUUUCAAGCUGCUUCAUGUAAAUAGAUUGUACCAAUUGUCUCA